UACGCGCGUGGUCACAUGAGCGCCGGUCACGUGAUGUUUGUGAGCCGCUGCUCCUGGAAACAUUUUCACAUUCAUCAGAUUCAUCAGACUCUAAUAAAAGCGAGGGAUCGUGCGGACAGAAGAGAAUCACAGCGUCUGCGGAAGAGGAAGAGGAAGAGGAGGAGGAAGAGGAUGGACAGACAGGAGGAGGAAGAUGAAGAGGAGACAGCAGUGUGUGCAGUGAUGGAGGAUGUAGUGUGUGUGGAUGAAGAGACGGUGCAGCGUCUGACGGAGGGUUUUCUCUCUCAUUAUCUUCCGGAGCUGAGUUCCUCGAGGCGAGCGCUGCAGGAGCUGACACAGAACCAGGUGAUUCUUCUGGAGACUCUGGAUCAGGAGGUGUCUAAGUUCCGCGAGUGCAACGCCACGAUCGACCUGAACGCUCUGUUCACAGAAGCCAAAGUCUAUCACAGCAAACUGGUGAACAUCCGCAAAGAAAUGAUCGUUCUCCACGACAAGACCAGCAGACUGAAGAAGCGCGCUCUGAAGCUGCAGCAGCACAAGCAGAAGGAGGAUCUGGAGCGAGAGCAGCAGAGAGAGAGAGAGCUGGAGAGAGAGAGACGUCUCAUCGCUAAACCUGCCAAACGCAGCGACCCCGAGCCACACUGAUACACCGCCCCGCCCCCUGCGCCGAGACCCCGCCUCCUCGGCUGAGACCCCGCCCUCCAGUCACGUUCACGCAUGAACUCUCUGCUGGAAUUAAAUAUGAUGUUUGACUCUUCUUCAUCAUCAUCACGUGCAUUUCUGUCCAGAUGAUGAAUAAAAAUAAUAAUAACAGCUUAGUAACUCUCUAA